GUUGCAACGCAACGAGCCUCUUCCUCUUUCUUCUUCUUGCGCCGGCCGCCCCGGUUUUUUCUUUUAUCCCCUCCCCGGCCGCCUCCGAUCACCACUGUCCUCGCGUUUCUUGGGGAUCUCGUCGUCGCUGCUCAUGGCCUGGCGCCUCGCCAUCUCUAAGGCUGCAAGGCAUCGGUCAACAAAUGCGAUUUACAAUGAGCUAGCGGCUUCCUUUCCUUUCAGGGCACCUAGAAGCGAUACUGGUGCAGGUAACGUGCUUAGAAAUUUGCACAAGAGGUACAGGUCAAGCUAUGUUGGUAGCUUCGCUGCACGCAGGAUACGGGACCUGGACACACCGAGUGAAUCUUCUCUGCUUAAAGAUAUUUACAGUAGCAAUCCAGAAAGAGUUAUACAAAUCUUUGAAAGCCAGCCUUCACUACAUUCUAACAAUUCAGCUCUUUCUGAGUACAUAAAAGCUCUUGUUAGUGUUGACAGGCUGGAGGAUAGCCCCCUGCUUAAAACAUUGCAAAGAGGAUUUGCUAGUUCAGCAAUGGCGGAAGAAAUCCAUACUGGUAUUCCUGCAUUCCAGAGUGUUGGUCAGCUGACUAAAGAUGGAGCUCUUGGUACCGCUAGUGCGCCAAUUCACAUGGUUACCGCAGAAACUGGUCAAUUUAAGGAGCAGCUUUGGAAAACCUUCCGAAGCAUUGCACUUACUUUCCUCGUAAUCUCCGGCAUUGGGGCUCUCAUUGAAGAUAGAGGAAUUAGCAAAGGCCUUGGUUUGAACGAAGAGGUUCAGCCGAGCAUGGAUUCAAGCACAAAGUUCAGUGAUGUCAAGGGAGUUGAUGAAGCUAAAGCUGAACUUGAGGAAAUUGUUCACUACCUACGAGAUCCCAAGCGUUUUACACGCCUUGGUGGCAAGCUUCCUAAAGGGGUUUUGCUGGUCGGCCCACCUGGAACGGGAAAAACCAUGCUGGCAAGGGCUAUCGCUGGGGAAGCUGGUGUUCCUUUCUUUUCAUGCAGUGGUAGUGAAUUUGAGGAGAUGUUUGUGGGUGUUGGGGCCAGAAGAGUGAGAGACCUCUUCAACGCAGCAAAGAAGCGAUCUCCUUGCAUAAUAUUCAUUGAUGAAAUCGACGCGAUUGGUGGGAGUAGAAAUCCAAAGGAUCAACAGUAUAUGAAGAUGACCUUGAACCAGUUGCUUGUUGAGCUGGAUGGCUUUAAGCAGAAUGAUGGAAUAAUUGUAAUUGCAGCAACUAACUUCCCUCAGUCACUAGAUAAAGCACUUGUUAGGCCUGGGCGUUUUGACCGUCACAUUGUGGUUCCUAAUCCAGAUGUUGAGGGCCGACGGCAGAUCCUGGAGACUCAUAUGUCAAAGGUCUUAAAAGCUGAUGAUGUGAAUCUGAUGACCAUUGCAAGGGGCACACCUGGAUUCUCAGGUGCAGACCUUGCGAACUUGGUGAAUGUAGCUGCCCUGAAGGCAGCUAUGGAUGGGGCAAAAGCAGUUACAAUGCACGACCUUGAAUAUGCGAAGGACAGGAUCAUGAUGGGCAGCGAGCGCAAAUCAGCAGUGAUAUCUGAUGAGUGCAGGAAAAUGACGGCGUACCAUGAGGGAGGGCAUGCCCUGGUUGCUAUUCACACGGAGGGUGCUCACCCUGUUCACAAGGCUACUAUUGUUCCCAGGGGAACGGCUCUUGGCAUGGUUACACAGCUGCCGGAGAAGGAUCAGAACAGUGUUUCAAGAAAGCAGAUGCUGGCAAGAUUGGAUGUCUGCAUGGGAGGAAGGGUGGCCGAGGAGCUUAUAUUUGGGGAAAGUGAGGUAACCUCUGGGGCUUCAUCUGAUCUAAGGCAAGCGACCUGGCUGGCACGAGCGAUGGUCACCAAGUAUGGUAUGAGUGAGCGAGUGGGCCUUGUUUCCUACAACUACGAUGAUAAUGGGAAUACUAUGAGCACACAAACAAGAGGUCUGAUUGAGCAGGAGGUGAAGGAAAUUUUGGAGAGGGCGUACAAUAACGCAAAAACGAUUCUCACAACACACGAUAAGGAGCUUCACAUGCUAGCAAACGCCCUUCUUGAGCAGGAAACCCUCUCUGGAGCCCAGAUCAAGAAAUUACUGGCACAGGUAAACAAGAAGAGAAAGCAGCAGAAGGCUGCUGAAGUGCCGCAGAAAACGCCGACUGCCCCCCAAUCACCAGCUGCAGCAGCUCAAGAAGCAGCCACGGGAGUUGUGGGUGCAGCGGCGGCGGAAGCCAAGGGGGUUGCGGGUAUUGGAUCAUAGUGGAGCCGGGACAGGCAGGGUUGGCAUUUUUUCCACUCACCAAAUUAGCAGGUUGUGUGGCAUAAUCUGAUGGGCCAAGAAGGCUAUGAUAUAAGCUGGAGUCUCUAUGAUGAGCAGGGUUUUAGUCCCAACAAUUGUUGUUCCAGGAGCCUCAAGAUGUCGCUAAUAUUGAAGCAGGGACCUGGAUGUAGGACGGUGUUGCAUAUGUGAAUCAUGACCCCUCUUAUUCAAUCCUAGCACAUGCUAGCAUAACCCCUCUUAUUCAAUCGUAGCACAUGCUAGCAUAAGUUUAUAUUGUUUGACGCGCAGCAGUAGGCGCUCCUGCGAUGAUGUUGGUAUUCUCUAAUACCUGAAGCGUACGUCAUGUAAAUUGGGAGGACGAGAGCAUGAAAGCUUGGAUUGGAUACAGCAUGAACAUGAAACGGAUUAUUUUUUACAUUUUCUAACAUUAAUAUUUAAAUAAAUAUAUCUUUGAUAAAAAGAAUUAUAAGAA